AAUUUAGGCUAAAAAUCUGUUUAGACCCAAAAUUAGAAGAAAAAGAAAAAAAAAAUCCAAUAAAAAAAGGUAUCAUCUUUAUUAAGUAUAGUUUUGAUUGUAUAGUGUAUAUAGUAAUUAGUAUUGAGUAAUAGUCAUAGUAUAUAUAGAGACCAGAGAGAGAUCAUCUAAACAAUUUUUUCUUCCCUUCCUUCCUGGUCCUGGGGCUUCCUCAGUCUUCUUCCUCGACCUGCCACGCGGAGAGACUGCAGAGAGGACAACCCAGACGAAACCCAUAUUAGAUAUCAUCAACACCGCCCUCUUCACUACUUUAAACCACUAGUCUUCUUCUUCGAACUUCGUCUCUCACUCGCUAUAUAUCCCAAGCUCUUUGUUCCAAUCAGGUAUAAAGGUGCUCUUAAAAGAAUGGCAAGCAAGGGUGUUGAUCUGAUUCCUGACUGUGAUGCAGUUGAAGCAUCUGAAGCUGACAUUGAGAUUAAAAUUAAAACCUUGGAUUCACAAACUUACACUUUAAAAGUUGAUAAACAGGUGCCAGUUCCUGCUUUGAAAGAGCAGAUUGCUUCUGUCACUGGUGUGUUAUCAGAGCAACAAAGACUUAUAUGUCGCGGGAAAGUCCUAAAGGAUGACCAACUUCUCUCUGCUUACCAUGUCGAAGAUGGUCACACUUUACAUUUGGUUGUAAGACAGCCUUAUUCAUCGCCACCUGAGGGUUUAUUGAAUCAUCCAGCCACUGAUCCUGCUUCAAGCACAAGUCGUAGUCACAGUACUCAUAUAGCACCCGGUGUAGUAAUUGAGACUUUUAGUUUGCCUGUCCAAGGAGAUGGAGCUCCACCAGAAAUCAGUCGGAUUCUAUCUGCUGUUCUCGGGUCAAUAGGUAUUUCAAAUGUUGGAAGUAGCAAUGAAGGGAUGGACAACAGGGAACAUGGCCCUCAAAGAUCUGAAAGAACUUCAGGUGCUAGUAGUUUCUUAGAUUCUCUCCAUCUUCAAUCUGAUCAAAGUGGUUCAAGGAUGGCAUCUGAUCGAUCACUUGGUAUUGGCACCUUUGGACAUUCAUCUGCAUUUUCUUUGGGGUCUCAACUGCCGCCUCAUGUAAUUCCUGAUUCAUUGACAACUUUGACCCAAUAUCUAAGCAAUAUGAGACGAGAAUUUGAUGCCAUAGGAAGAGAUGGGGCAGAUGGUCGUCAAGAAAGUGCAUCCAAUGUGUCUGAAGACACAAGUUCUCAAUCUGCAUCAGGAACAAGACGAGGACUUCCCACACCUGCAUCCCUAGCAGAAGUCAUGCUUUCUGCGAGACAAUUACUUACUGAACAGGCCUCAGAAAGACUACUUCAACUUGUGGGACAAUUGGAAAAUCAAGUGAAUGUUACAGAUGUGUCUUUAAGGUCAAACAUUCAGACUAGUACAAUGAGAAGUGGAGCAUUGUUUCAUAGCCUCGGUGCAUUUUUACUUGAACUUGGUCGCACAAUGAUGACAUUGCGGUUGGGUGAAACUCCGUCUGAGGCUGUGGUGAAUGCUGGACCUGCAGUUUUUAUAUCCCCAACUGGUCCUAAUCCCAUCAUGGUUCAGCCUCUUCCUUUCCAAGUUGGUACGAGUCUUGGGGCCAUUCCCAUGGGAGCUGUGCACGCUGGCUCUGGUCUUGUUAAUGGUCUUGGAAAUGGGCUCCUCCCUAGGCGUAUUGAUAUACAAAUACGAAGAGGCUCGUCAACAUCCGCAGCCAAUGUUAAUCGCCAGGAACAAGGGAAUGGCCAGCAACCUUCUGGGCAACAAAAUCCAGCAACAAGCGCUGGUGGAGAAAUUCCUGUCAAUCAAGGAACUGCGAGGGUCUCAGAUGCACCUGGUUUUGCAGGAGAAUCAGCUGUACGGGUGGUACCACUCAGGACCAUGGUUGCAGCAGUACCUGGUCCUUUUGGUCGUCUACCACCAUCAGACUCAUCAGGUAAUUCUAUGGGUUUAUACUAUCCUGUUCUUGGUAGAUUCCAACAUGUUGCACCUGGGCAUUUGAGUGGUGAUCGAGGAGCACAGGCAUCUGGUGAGCGUCAUGCAGCUCAUGCUGGAGGCUUGCAUCCUGAGCAGCAGUCUACAGAAUCUGCAGCUCAGCAGCGUGCAGGAGAUUCUGCAAGAGAUGGACCUAAUCCAAGACAACAGGAGUCAUUGAAUGCACGCAGUGUUAGCAUAAACAUUCUGUCUGCUGGGGGGAUGCAAAAUAAUGAUGAUUCCGAUAGACAGCUCCCCAGCAAUGUCAUGCAAUUCAUAAGAAACCUCUUUCCUGGAGGUGAAAUCCAUGUAGAAGACGGAAGUUCAGAGGAAGCAGGUGCUGGUUCUACCCCAGAUCAGGCAAGAACAUCUAGUGGUCCUCAGGGUGAACCAGAAGCAGAACCAAGUCCUAGUGAAGAAGGAAUAUUUUUUUCCAACCUUCUUCGUCAAAUCAUGCCUGUAAUAUCCAGACAAGCUGUUUCAGAAUCAGACACUGUCCAUCCAGAACAGGCUAGCCCUUCUGAGCCGGCUGUGGCUUCUGAUGCCGGGACAUCACAUCAGGCUGAGAACUCUACUGUGGGGGUAUCACGUCGACAUGAUGACUGUGAAUCAAGCUCUCCAAAUUCAAAACGACAAAAGAUGGAGUAGUGAUUCAUCAUCAGAGGGUCUAAGAAAAUCUUCCAGUGGAGUCUGAUCGAUCAUUCGGACAGAAUCCUUUUGCGCAGGUGCAUAACAGCGUUUACGCAGUGUGUCAAUGUAUUAUAUUUUUGUGUUUUUUCACAUCAAACAGGACAGGACAGUGUGACAUUUCUCGAGUUAGCAACAUACCCUGUGGGACUACAUAGUAUUUUUUUUUUCUUUUUCUAUUGUGACAUUUCGGUAUUAUAUUAUUUGUACUGCUUGGUUUCAUUGAGCUGAAAGUAGUGCACAGCUAGUAUCAAUUUUAGCGGGAGCUUUAGAAUUUUCUUUUACGAGGGACAAUGCACCUUAAAGCCUAAAGGGGAUCUUGUCUGGUUUCCCAGUUAAGAGAGCAUUUUCAUUGUUACACUCAUGGUGGGACAAUGGCACCUUGUAGAGACUUUGAGCAAAAUCAAGACAGGGAAAGCCAAAACAUAGCCUGUUUGUGUAUGUGGGUCUCCUCCAAAAGAAAUGUAUAAAUAACGAUUUGGCAUUGGUGUUUACCAGCCCCUAUUAUACAUGAAAAAAUCUGUUGCUUUUAUCAUUUA